AUGGUCAAUGGAAUGGUUACACAUACUCCUGAACUUUUUCAUUUAAUGGCCAGCCUUCAGGCUUGUUAUGGAACUUUGCUAACAUCUCUUACGAUCAUUGAUGAAUUAUGUAUUCAAUAUCCAUCAAUGUUCAUACCUAGCAAAGCAAAAGUUUCAAUGAUAUCACUUAGUAAUUUACCCAAAAAAUGUAACGCCCAAAUCGAAGUAAAAGUUUAUUUUACAGUAGAGUAA